AGUGGGCAGUAGAACGAGGGAGGACUGUGCAGUCGCUGUCCCUUUUCAUCUCUCGCUUCCUCAAAUUAGAACCUAGUGAGCAACUGUUUAUUUACGUCAAUCAGUCUUUUGCUCCUUCACCUGACCAGGAAGUCGGUGUCCUCUUUGAAGUAAGUGGUUUUUAAAUUUCUGGAUGAACAAAUAUUAUAUCUGCAAAAGCAUUGCUGUAGUUAUAUUUAAGGAAGUGUAUGUUCAUCUUUCAGUUGAAAGACUAAUGCCCGAGUGUGUAAUAGUGCAUUGUCAGAUGUAUUAUGUCAUUGGGCUUUUUGUGUAAUCUUCCUGGAAUCAUCUUCCUCUUUCAUACUGUAUCAGGUAUGUUUAGAUUUUUGGUGUGGAAGCCACUUUGACAAGGCUCAUUGUCAUUAAGAAAGGAGAAUAUCUAUACAGAAUUUACUGGGAAAUUACAUAAUUUCGUAGGAAGUACAGUGAUUUACUAACUCUUUCCAGGUAACUCCCAAGCACUGUUUGUAAAUUGAAUGACGUAUUUCAGCUUGCAAAAUGACAACUUCUCCUCCAGUAGUAUUGCACUGCUAGCUGUGUAUCAGAAGCAGACCAACUUGUAUAAUCUUCAGUCAGACAGGCUGUAUUUACCACUUAGUCGUGUGCUCAGAUUUUGAUUUAGCAUACUGGUAUUUUUUGACUGCCGAAAUAUUGUUAUUAUAUCAGCUGGAUGGUAUUACUGUGUUUGUGUGUGUGUGUCUGUGUGUGUAUAUGUGGGGGGGAUGGAUUCCCUGUGGUUGAUGGGUGUCCGGUGCAAGUCAGUCUGCUUUUUCACUGGGUAAGUGGUUCCUGAAGAUGGAUUAGUAUUGCUUCUGUGGACCUUCUUUCAGGUUUUCGCAUGAUUCAGUCAGUAGGUAAGACUUGACGUGAACAUUUUCCUUGCCAGUGUUUAUCCAUCUGCUAGUCCUGCCAUUUUCAUCUGUACUGUUCAUGUUUGCCACUCCCUCCCUCUGUUGCAGUGCUUUGGCAGUGAUGGGAAGCUAGUUCUGCAUUACUGCAAGUCUCAGGCUUGGGGAUGAAGUUAUCCGCUCCCAAUUUGGUGUUCUCUGGCCAAACAUCAUGCACAGCACUUCUCAGAAACCCCUUUGCUCACAAAUUGUUGCUUUUAUUGUGGAUGUUGUAAUAUUUUUUUGUACAUAACUCACUGUAAAUAAAUAGAAUUUACUGUUUGCUUCUGCCCUCUUGGUUUUUAUUAUUAGAGUUGGUAUUCUUUUUGUAACUGCUGAUAUGUGACAAAGUAAUUUCAGUGAUUGUACAGGAUGUGGUGAUUAAAUAAUAUAAUAGCUUGGUUUCUUUGUCUGUUAUGUUACUUUACAGUGCGUGUGUGUGUAUACAUACACAGGACCCUAAGGAAAGCUGUUUGUUUAUACGGCAGGGUGGGGGGGGGAAGAGAGAAGAUAAUAGAAGACCAACAGAUGGACUUUGGGGGGGGGGUGGCUUAUGUGAAAUCUGGUUGUAUUUCUGGCACAAAUUUCUGAGAAACAGAGGAGAUUUAAAGAGUCAUACAAAGAGAGAAGGUGAAGACCCGGAGAAGAGAAACCAGGCUGGCAAGGUUUAUUCCAAGGGUUUCAAACAGAGAAAUAAGCAAAAGAGUGAAAUUGCACAAAGUCGCCUCACGCAGCCAGAUUAUAAGGGAUGAGUACAGAUUACAAGAUGAGACAAAGGUAGCCUGAGUGAUCGAGCUGUAAUUCCAGCAAAACGGUAAUCCGUAAUCUUUUGUAAUUUUUAUAUCUUUGAGAGAAUAGGAACAGGGAAGGAAAAGAGAAUAUGAUUCCUUAUUUUUUAACAGCUAUACUGGGAAUGCGUACUUUCUUCCUGAUGGAUCUGAAUCCCUCAGUUUUUAUAAUGUUAUUGCCUCAGGUGGAUGCAUUGGGGGCAGGGAUUGCCAUUCAAAUGCUCAUAUUUACAUUAUAAUCAGAUAAUUAAUAAACAAAAGUUAACUGUAGAGCAAAAUGCCUAUUUCUCCUGUAUAUGUGUACACCUGUGUCAGGAGAGGAGGUUGUUUUUGGACUGGUAGGCCACACAUCAGCCUUCCAUGCUGGUGUAGAUCUCCCUCACCCUCCUCUGCUCCCCUUCUGCUCACCCCACGCACCUCCCCUUGCAGCGGGCCGGGCCCCCUCUGCCAUGCUGGAAUGCCUGUCCUGGCAAUCUCGCUCGCUGCUCUCUCUGUCCCUCGCCUCGCUCGCCCUGGCCCUAUCCGUACUGGCCUUGAGCACCUCCUACUGGUGCGUGGGCAUGCACAAAGUGGUCAAGCCACUCUGCCUCUCACCAAUCAAAAUGAAGAACUGCGACCCAAAUAGCAGCCAGCCCCUGGCCACUGAGAGCUCCUCGCCUGACGGAGAUCCCACUGCGGGAUCCAACAGAACCGCCUCCACAAACAACAGGCAGCCGGUCGAUGCCGUGCACUACAUCUGGGAGACCGGAGAAGACAAAUACACACUUCGAUACUUUCACACUGGAUUCUGGGAGUCCUGCGAAAAACACAGUGAUGGUGAGAGAUGCCGCAGCUUCAUGGAGCUGACUCCAGAUGAAAGUCAGGGCAUCCUGUGGCUGUCUGUGGUGUCAGAGGUCAUGCACAUCAGCCUCCUGGCCACCGGCUUCAUCCUGAUGUGCAUGGAGAUGCUGUGCGUGUGCUCGCACAGGGAGAUGUAUGCGCUCCAGGUGAACGCCUUCUCUGCCGUCUGCACCGUCCUGUCCGGGCUGAUGGGAAUGGUGGCUCACAUGAUGUACACCACGGUGUUCCAGCUGACCGUGACCAUCGGGCCCAAAGACUGGAGGCCCCAGAGUUGGGACUAUGGCUGGUCGUUUGCACUGGCCUGGAUCUCCUUCGGCUGCUGCAUGGCCUCUGCAGUCUUCACCCUCAACUUGUACACUAAAACAGCAAUGGAGCAGCACCACAGGCUGCGAGCACGCCUGGAAGACAGCGAAUCCAGGAAGGCUCCACCCUACAACGAAGCCCUCCUUGGGGACGGGGUCUAUUCCUUUGCCGAUCUCCCGCACUGGCCCAAUGGUGUCAUGGGAUUAGCAGAUGGGAUCGGGCUAAACGGUGGGGACGCAGCGACUCUAGUGCUACUGGGGGGGUGUGAGGAUUGUGAGAGGGAGAUGGAUAUCAUGGCAGCAAGGACAUCGAGAGAGAGGGAAGUCUCUCUGUGCUGAGUCACACUCUGUUUGGGUCAUCAAAAAAGGGCAGGCCGGAUAUGGAUCACUAUUCAACACUCAACCUGUACCUUCUGUAUAAGGCAACUAGUUAAACAUGAAGAUACAUUCUCAGUUCUUUCUAUAAAAGGAAAUAGAGACUGAUCUUUUGCCGAUGUUUUUACCUUCCUGAUGAGGAUCAUGGGUAAUGACGACUGAUGCAACUGACUGCCCUAGAACACGACUCGGUAGAGGGUGCCAGCAUAUGUGUGUGUUUUUUCCACGAUCUGCAGCUGAAUAUCGUCUUAAUGAUGUCAUUAUUAUAAGUACUUUUGAAAAUGUGACCCAAAAACAUACUUUAAUGUGAUGUGUUAAAUAAUAGUUUAAAAGUCCUCCAUCCAUCCUGUGCGCUCCUUCCGUGUGCCACGCCCCCUCAUUAACCCUGUGUGAAUUCCCCAUGUUUACCAGCUGUUUCUCAUCGUUGUCAUUAGUUUAAUGUAUUUAGUCCGCGUCUCCGUUUGUUUCCCCAGUCCGGUCAUUGUAUUGUCAUUCUCGUUUGCCUUACCCCUUUCAUAAAAGAAAACCUGUGUUUCCUUAACUUCUGACAUCCUGCACUUUUGAAAAGGUUAAUGCUUUAAGUAUUUAAUUCUAGAAACACUUCGCCUGUAAUUUUAAUUCUAUCUGCGUUUAGUCACUGGAUGCUGUCAGCCACUCAGUGUGUUUUGCAUUAAACAGUUUGGUGGUGA